AUGUCUUCUAAAGGGCUGAUUCUGGUCUUAGUUGUGACAUCUAUAUCUUUCUUACCAGUGGCAUCAUUAUUUUGUCCUAGAAAAUGUUCUAUUCACGAUAUUCUUGCUUGUCGACCCAUACCCAAACAUGAAGAAUGUUUUCCAACUCAACCGUUUUGCAGCUGCUGCAAGACCUGUUCUGGGCAAAUGGGUUCUAUUUGUAACUACAAAAGCCCAAGGUGUCGUCCUAAUAUGGUAUGUCAACAUAUAAAUGGUAUACAGAGUAAAGUAAUAUAUAGAUGGGUACCGUGGUUUACUGGUAGAUGUCAAGUUAUGGUGGAUUAG